AUGUCCCAGCCUUACAUUGAUUUGACAACUGAGAGCGACCCCAUCUACUAUGUAGACGACAUCACUGAUUAUGAUGGCUCCGAGGCCGACACUUCGUCCAUCGUUACCGAUAGUACCAUGAGCACGCUUGAAUCAACAGAAGCCCGCAGUUAUUUUCGAGAAGUUUACGGUCGAAUGUUUCCUGCCGAUGCGAACCUGCCUGUUCUACUACCCUCGGACAAUUCGACGGUAACUCGACUGGAACUCCAGCAUCUUUCUAUCAAACUAGUGCUCAAUGGAAAUUACUGGGGCCCUGUCCGACAAAAUCUACUUGCGCCCACGCCCCACCGAAAACGCGUUUUAGACUUGGUUACUCUUGAGGGCACCUGGUACGCUGGUUCAAGAAAUGUCGCGCGAGUUCCCGAUGUAGAUUUUGUGAGCCUGGAUUUAUCACCCCUUACUCCACACCGGCCCUGUCCGAAUGUUGUCUUUGAAGUAUAUGAUCUCUACAAUGGCUUCGCCGAGCCCGAUAACUCGUUUGAUGUGGUUCAUCUGAGGCAUGCGGCUGUUCCGAUGAAGGAUUUCAAGUCCUUAGUAAGAGAAGUUCAUCGCGUAUUGCGUCCCGGCGGCAUCGUGUUGUUUUGCGAAUAUGAGCUCGAAGUCUAUGACGCUGAAUUCCCGGAUAUACCUGCGUGGGCGUCUCUACCUGGUAUCUCCAAUGCGCUUCGACUCGCACGCGGCGGUCUGGCCCAUCAGGGGGUCAACGUUUACGUGUGGCGAGACCUUCCAAAGUGGCUGCCGUGGGAUUCAUCCUUUUGGAAAGAGGAGAACUCAUACGAAGACGAAGACUUUGAUACCGAUACGGAAUCCGAGUCGAGCGUCAUCCGCAGCUCCCAGUCGUCUCAGUCCGAGCCCGACGGUGUGAGGGGAUUCACUGGGGUACAGACUUGGGCAAAUAUCAUGCCCGCAGCUCCGUGGCACCCCGACCCGCGUAAACGAGAGGUGGGAGCACUUGUCCAGCGCGUAUGGGCGGACGUAUGGAGAAACAUGGGCUCCUCGUUGCAGUUGAGUGGAAUGUCUGAGCGGGAGGCGACCGAGGCGAUACGUGCAGCCGUCCACGAUAUUGAGUAUCCGCCGGUACGAAUUACCGCCAAACUGCACACAUUGUAUGCGUUCAAAGUCGAUCCAUAUGCUUCGAAUCAUGCGGGCGAUGUGUGA